AUGGCCAUCUCUCGUUUCUACACACUCAUUACUUUCGCUCUUUGCGCUGCUCAGCUCGCCAACGCAGGCCUCAUCCCUCGGGACGUUGUCAAACCAUCCGAUGGACGGGUUAACGCUACGACCCCAUACACUCCAGAUAACGUUCACCAGGCAAAUCCUGCCACGCUCCCUGCUAAAGGACCCCUUGACGGCGUCCCGCCUCCACAGGACGAUCCCAAGCACCCUGCCUCCUCCCUUCCUCCCCCCCUUCCUUCUAAUCCACCCAAGGACGGGCUUCCCCCGAAGCAAUUCGGAGAGGAAGGCAAGGAGCAAGAAGUCCCGCCGAAGGAUGGCGGCAACGGCGAUAAACCCGCCCCUUCGAAUUCACUGACGUCGGAUGCCCCAGUACCGACCUACGCACGGAGGGAUGAUGCCCCUGUAGACCCUAAGGAUCCUGCCAAGCGUCCUCCCCCCAGUUCUCUUCCUCCCCCUUUGCCUUCUAACUUCCCACCACCAAAGGACGGCAAGGCGCCUGAAUUCCCGCCAAAGCAGGCUGAUGAUGGUUCUAAGCCCCCUCCCCCUGCUAAGGACACCCCAGCUGCGACCCACGCUCGCAGAGAUGACACUCCCGUUAAGCCCAAAGAUCCCGUCAAAGCGCCAGCCCCGCCUCUGACUUCUUUGCCUCCCCCUCUCCCUUCUAACCUCCCACCACCGAAGGACGGCAAAGCGCCUGAAUUCCCGCCAAAGCAGGCUGAUGAUGGUUCUAAGCCCCCUCCCCCUGCUAAGGACACCCCAGCUGCGACCCACGCUCGCAGAGAUGACACUCCCGUUAAGCCCAAAGAUCCCGUCAAAGCGCCAGCCCCGCCUCUGACUUCUUUGCCUCCCCCUCUCCCUUCUAACCUCCCACCACCGAAGGACGGCAAAGCGCCUGAACUCCCGCCCAAGAAGGCUGAUGACGGUUCUAAGCCCCCUCCCCCUGCUAAGGACGCCCCAGCUGCGACCCACGCUCGCAGAGAUGACACUCCCGUUAAGCCCAAAGAUCCCGUCAAAGCGCCAGCCCCGCCUCCUACUUCUUUGCCUCCCCCUCUCCCUUCUAACCUCCCACCACCAAAGGACGGCAAAGCGCCUGAAUUCCCGCCCAAGAAGGUUGAUGACGGUUCUAAGCCACCUCCAACUCACGCACGCAGAGACGAUGCCCCCGUAAAACCCAAAGCUCCCGUCAAAGCGCCAGCCCCGCCUCCUACCUCCCUGCCUCCCCCUUUGCCUUCUAACCUCCCACCGCCGAAGGACGUUAAGGCUGAUUUCAAGGAGCACAAAUUCGCACCGAAGAAGGUUGCUGCUUGA